UAGUACGUGCCUUUUGCGCGUACCAUUCGUGGAUAUAGAAAAUUAAAAUGUUAGGCCACUGUUGAAUGUGUUCAUUUCUUAAAAAUAAACGACGCUCGCAUCAAUAAGUGAAAAGCGGCUAUUUACUGUUUGAAUUUAUUAUAAUCAAGGCAUUGAUAUAGUAACCUGGUUAAGUACACUUUAAAUUAUUUGUCUUUUUUUCUAAAAGUACAAAAAAGUGAUAAAUCAUAACGCGGCACGUGUUUAACGCAAUCAGUGUACAAUAUACUCAUUAGUAUGACUAUAUACGUGAAGAAAUAAAGGAUUUAUAUAUUUUUGUUUUCGUUACGUUUCCUAACAGCAACGAAACAGUGUGCUGAAAGAAGUAGAAAUGAAAUUGCAAUCACCACUUCAAAUUUAUACCGUUCUACUGUUCGCUGCUCAAUCGAGGUUGAUUGAGUCAUCGGGGUUCGGAAAGUGUCCCAACUACCCCUCAAUGCCAAAGUUUAACAUAACUAAGUUUCUCGGUAGAUGGUACGAGGUAGAAAGAUCCUUUUACCUACCAGAAAUUGCAUCCGGUUGCACCACACUUGCUUUCGAAAAUACAACUUUACAUGACAACGAAGGCCGCCCGCAGUUGGAAAUAUCUAUUAAAACAAUAAACCGGUGGACAGGAAAUCCAUCAGUAAGCAUAGGCAAUGCAAUUACGGAAAAUGAAAAAUCUUCUAUCAUGUUAGUGCAGCUUCAAACAAGACUUCCAAGUGCAAUAGCCAGAUUUUUACCUGGUUCAGGAAAGUAUCAAGUCCUCUAUACUAAUUAUAAUGAUUUUGCUAUUCUUUGGUCUUGCUCCAGCUUUGUUGCAGUUCAUGCAGAUCAAAUUUGGCUACUAGGACGAGAAAGAGAUUAUUCUGCUGACACAAGGAAAAAAAUUUACAGCGCAUUAACACAGCUUAGUCUAGACCCCGAGAGAUUGUUUAUUUCCAAAAACAGUAACUGCCCAAAUAGCUCGUAACUGCAUCUAGUUGUCUACAUAAAACAAGCUAUGAUACAUGUUCCUGCAAAACAAAAUAAUGUUGUUAUAGAAUUCGUGACUGUUAGCGUUAGGCUAUGUCCGGUACAUUUGUAGAAAAUACUUUAAUUUACUUACAAAUACGUUAAUAAACAAGACAAUUGACCGUGGUUCUGCCAAAAA